CGGGCCAUGCACUCCCUCGCCCAGGAGAUCCGCAGCUUCUCCAGGGCCAACCUGCGGAAGCAGCGCACUCGCGUGACGACGCUGACCGGCCGGAGGAUCAUCGAGACGUGGCGCGGCGCCUGCCUGCAGGUGGAGGAGGAGGCGCCCGGCGGCGGCGGCGGCUACGUGCAGGACCUCAGCGCCGACCUGCAGGUCGGCGUCGUGAAGCCCUGGUUGCUGCUGGGGUCGCAGGACGCUGCCCACGACCUGGAGACGAUGAAAAAGUACAAGGUUACUCAUGUUCUAAACGUGGCAUAUGGAGUCCAAAAUGCCUUCCUCAAUGACUUUAUAUACAAGACCAUUUCUAUUCUGGACCUCCCAGAAACUGAUAUUAUCUCCUAUUUCCCAGAAUGUUUUGAGUUUAUUGAGAAAGCCAAGAUGCAGGACGGCGUGGUACUGGUCCACUGUAAUGCAGGAGUCUCCCGUGCAGCGGCAGUAGUCAUCGGUUUUCUAAUGAAUUCAGAAAGACUGAGUUUUGCUAGAGCCUUUUCUUUGGUGAAAAAUGCAAGGCCUGUGGCUUGUCCAAAUCCUGGCUUCAUGGAGCAGCUUCACAAGUACCAAGAACAGAACAUAAAGGCAAAUGGAAGCAUAAAUGAUCACGACUGACCAAAAGGGAGAAGUGAAACAAUCUGUUUUGACUCUACAGUAACAGAUGUUGGAUGUACUUUUAACCUGUCAUUUUGCAGCCCCCUUUCACAUGUGCAUUUUAAAGGCUAUAUAUUUUUUUUCUUACCUCCCUUUGAACCCCCCCUUUUUAUUAUGUAGUCUAAAGGCCAAAUGGUAUUCCACUGACUUCAGAAAUGAUUUUGCCCAAGAACAAGCUCUUCCUAGAGCGUUAAUAAAAAGAUACAAGUUCAAUUUUCCUUGAAAUAUUAGAAAAAAACCAGAAUGAUGGUUUUUUUUUAUUGAACCAUCAGAAAAUGCAGGCAAUAGAGAAAGGAAAUAAAAUAAGUGAGGGAAGUUGCACUGUUUAAUACUAAACCAAAUCUAUACAUUCUAGUUGGUCGUAAAAUCUAGAUAAUAAAAUGUUCAUAUAAUAAAGUACCUUGAUACUGGAUUUUAAAUUUAUAUUGAAACUAAAGAGGAUUUUAUUGAAUUUUGUGGGCUAGCCAGCCAUUAAAUAUUUUUGGAAAUAAAAACAGAUGGUCUUUUGAGGAUGCUUAAAAUGCAUAGGAUGCUUUAAUGCUUCACGUCUUUCUACUGUUUCUCAUCAGGUAAUGAUUUGAAGUGCACUAACAUGAUGUUUUUAAAGUGCUGGAACCAGGCUAUCAGGUGGGGGUUUUUCUGUAGAUCAUUUUGGUGGAGAUCUGCAAAAUGUUUAUAACAACCUAUCUCUGACUUGCUGCUAUUGCCUUUUCUUUGCAUUCGGUCCCCAGCUGCUGUCCCCUCACUCCAUCGCACAGCAUGCAUAAAGACCAGACAUCGUAGAAUAGGUAACUUGGACCCUCCUGACAGAUCUCGGGCUGGAAUUACUGUCUUAAGAUGGCAUGUUUAAAAAAAAAAAGAAAGGCUUUU